CCCUUCCCUCGCUCGUCGCCGUGUCCUUCCCCUCUUCUUCUUCCUCCUCCUCCUCUUCCACUUAUCCCUCGGCAACACUCCCGAGGACACGAUGGCAACCAUGGACGAGCUGUUUCAGAAAGCCAUCAAGCAGGCCGCAGCACAGAAGAAGCAACCAGAACUCAUUCCAUGGAAAUCUGAUGAACCAUGGCCACAGCCCUAUUAUUCCUGGGACUCGGGAAGCGAGGUCUGGCAACUUUUCAAGCCGCUGACAUCUCCCAGCAAUGAUGAAUCGCAGUCCUCAAGCAUUUCCGCUAUAGCUGUGUAUAGUUGGAACAUCGAUUUCAUGUUGCCAUUCGCCGAGACACGUAUGAAGGCUGCAUUGGCUCACCUUGAGGGACUCACGAGCCAGCUAGCUUCGACCACAGCCAUUGUUAUCAACCUCCAAGAAUGCACUCCCUCCGACCUCAUUACCAUUAGCCAACAGGAGUGGGUCCGAGAUAGAUUCUACAUCACAGAUUUGGACAGCUCCGCAUGGGCAUCCAGUCUGUACGGCACAGUCACGCUAGUCGACCGCCGCCUGGAGAUAGCCUCGUGCUUCCGGGUCCACUACUCGGCGACACAGAUGGAACGUGACGCGCUCUUCGUCGACGUCGCGGUGGCAGCCAAGAAGGUGCGGCUAGGCAACACGCACCUCGAGUCGCUGGCCUUGGACCCGCCGCUGCGCCCCUCGCAGAUGCGUGUCGCGGCGACGUACCUGCACGCAGACGAGAGCUACGCUGGCGCCGUCAUUACGGGCGACUUCAACGCCAUCCAGCCGUUCGAUGCCGCCCUCCACGCCGACAACGGCCUGAAGGACACGUAUCUCGAGCUCGGCGGCCGUGAGGGCGCCGAUGACGGAUUUACGUGGGGCCAGCAGGCCCUGGCGGCGUUGCGGGAGCGCUUCGGUUGCUCGCGGAUGGACAAGGCGUACUUCUUCGGUGGCGGAAUCAAGUUGCAGAGUUUUGAGCGGUUUGGUGCUGACAUUGAGGUGGGCGGAGGGGAUAAGAAGCAGAAGGAUGGGUUGCUGGCGCUUGGAUUCGAGAGGGCUUGGGUAACGGAUCAUCUGGGCAUCAAGGCCACGUUCAGCCUGGUUAACGAUACUCGUUUGUAGAAGGCGGUAAACCUUUGCGUGAGCAUCGGCGCCGUUGUUGAGUGACCUUGCUAAUGCCGUGACACUCGCUAUAAACCAGCAGGCGUGGUACACAUAAAGGCCUUAUCUACUCACGUAGAGCAACAUAGCAGGCAGCCAGGGAGCUGCUGUUGCUGGCUUUUCCCCUUUCUACUUCUAACUUGGUAUUUUCAGCCCCACCCCAGCUGCUUGGUAUUUAUGUGACGCUUCCCCCAUACCAGGUAUACGAGAGAUGCCAUCGAACCGUGACUGGGGGGCCAGGACAUAUAAGCGGCCAGGAAAUGAAUGCUGGGUCAUUCCUAGGGAAUGUUGAUUUUUCGACAAGCUCGUUGAUGAUUUUUCAUAGAC